CAACUUCAACUGCGAACUUUUCCCAGGCAAAUAUGAUGAACCAGUCCCACCCAAAUCCCAUCCCUUGGCCGGCCUCUCCAAUCCAAUGGAGAAACCUAUGCCCAUUUGUCAGUACCCAACAUAGAUCACUUUGGUUGCAUCGCUCUUGUGGACUCUCUAAGUUGCCCUCUAAACUCCAUAGAUUUUGGUUGUAGAAGCUAUAGAGGGUUUUUCUGGUUUUGAAAAUGUCAGCUUUAUCAGUUUCAGCCCUUGUUUGCAUAUGGGUUUUGCUCUGUUUUUAUGGAGGUGUUAAUGGGUAUGGGUAUAUUAAAUACAAUACUGGGAGUGGCAUUGUUGAGGGAAAGUUGAAUGUCCAUUUUGUUCCUCACUCUCAUGAUGACGUGGGUUGGUUGAAGACUAUUGAUCAGUACUAUGUUGGAUCAAAUAACAGCAUACAGGGUGCUUGUGUUGAGAAUGUGCUCGACUCGGUUAUGGUGUCGCUGCUCAAAGAUCCGAAUAGGAAGUUUAUUUUUGCUGAAAUGGCUUUUUUCCAAAGAUGGUGGGUAGAACAGAGUGUGGAAAUACAAGCACAAGUUAGAAAGCUCGUUGAUGCUGGUCAAUUCGAAUUCAUAAAUGGUGGUUGGUGUAUGCAUGAUGAAGCAACAAGCCAUUACAUCGACAUGAUUGACCAAACAACCCUUGGUCAUCGCACAAUCAAAAACCAAUUCAAUAUAACACCUCGUGCUGGAUGGCAGAUUGAUCCAUUUGGCCACUCAGCUGUGCAAGCUUACCUACUCGGGGCUGAGCUUGGCUUCGAUUCAGUGCAUUUUGCGAGGAUUGAUUAUCAGGACAGAGCAAAGCGCAAGCAAGAUAAAUCUCUUGAAGUUGUAUGGCGUGGAUCCAAAACUUUUGGUUCCUCCUCUCAGAUCUUUACUAAUACAUUUCCCGUUCAUUAUAGUCCUCCAAACGGGUUCGAGUUUGAAGUUUCUGAUGACUUCAUGCCUGUCCAGGAUAAUCCUCUUCUAUAUGACUACAAUGUUGAACAACGAGUUAAUGAUGUUAUUAAUGCUGCAAUCACUCAAGCAAAUGUGACAAGGACAAAUCAUAUUAUGUGGACAAUGGGAGAUGACUUUCAAUAUCAAUAUGCUGAGUCUUGGUUCAAACAAAUGGAUAAAUUAAUUCACUAUGUUAACAAGGAUGGUCGCAUAAAUGUGUUGUAUUCUACCCCAUCUCUCUACACAGAUGCAAAAAAUGCCGAAAAUGUAUCGUGGCCACUGAAAACUGAUGACUAUUAUCCAUAUGCAGACAAUACAAAUGCUUAUUGGACUGGAUUUUUUACUAGUCGCCCUGCCUUGAAGCGAUAUAUUCGUUUGUUGAGUGGAUAUUAUUUGGCUGCACGCCAACUUGAAUUCCUGGCUGGAAGGAGAUCUGCUGGUGCCAAUACUUACAGUUUAGGAGAUGCUUUAGGAAUUGCUCAGCACCAUGAUGCUGUCACUGGCACUGCUAAACAACAUACAACAAAUGACUAUGAAAAGCGCUUGGCACGUGGAGCUUCUGAGUCAGAAGCUGUCGUGAGUUCAUCUUUGUCAUGCCUAACUAACUCAACAUCAAAGGACCAAUGUGCCACAACCUUACCAACAUUGAGCCAGUGUCAAUUACUAAACAUAAGUUAUUGCCCACCAACUGAGGAGGAUAUUCCUGACGGGAAGAGUUUGGUUGUCGUGGCAUACAAUCCACUUGGAUGGAAUCGUACUGACAUCAUUAGAAUUCCGGUUAAUGAUGGCAACCUUGUUGUCCAAGAUUCCAUGGGUAAUACAAUGGAGGCACAAUAUGUGGAAUUGGAUAAUGUUACAAGCAACUUAAGAGACUUCUACACCAUGGCCUAUUUGGGAAUUUCACCAGGACCAGCUCCUAAGUACUGGAUUUUGUUUAAAGUAUCUCUGCCGCCUCUGGGUUGGAACACGUAUUUUGUUUCUAAAGCAGCUGGAAAAGGUAAUAGCAGAAGUGUGUUUAGCUCCGUGGUUGGCCUUCCACAAAAUGACAGUGUUGAAAUUGGACCUGGAAACUUGAAGAUGUCCUUUUCUGUAGCAUCUGGACAGCUUGAAAGGAUGUUUAAUUCUAGGACUGGGGUAAGAUGUUUCACUUUUCCCAUGCAAGGGCAUGAUGUGACUGCUUAUUGGAACUGCAGGAGUAAAUUAGCCUUCUUAAGGCUGAAGAGUUUCAUUUUAUGGACUCAGAUGUGUCAAUUACUAAACAUAAGUUAUUGCCCACCAACUGAGGAGGAUAUUCCUGACGGGAAGAGUUUGGUUGUCGUGGCAUACAAUCCACUUGGAUGGAAUCGUACUGACAUCAUUAGAAUUCCGGUUAAUGAUGGCAACCUUGUUGUCCAAGAUUCCAUGGGUAAUACAAUGGAGGCACAAUAUGUGGAAUUGGAUAAUGUUACAAGCAACUUAAGAGACUUCUACACCAUGGCCUACUUGGGAAUUUCACCAGGACCAGCUCCUAAGUACUGGAUUUUGUUUAAAGUAUCUCUGCCGCCUCUGGGUUGGAACACAUAUUUUGUUUCUAAAGCAGCUGGAAAAGGUAAUAGCAGAAGUGUGUUUAGCUCCGUGGUUGGCCUUCCACAAAAUGACACUGUUGAAAUUGGACCUGGAAACUUGAAGAUGUCCUUUUCUGUAGCAUCUGGACAGCUUGAAAGGAUGUUUAAUUCUAGGACUGGGGUUGAUAUACCAGUACAACAAAGCUAUCUCUGGUAUGGUUCAAGCAGCGGUGAUACAGAUCCCCAGGUAUGUAUUUCCUAAAUUUAAGUUGAUUGGCAAGUGUUGACAUGUUAUGUAUACGAUACUCUAUUGCAGUGUUCCGGUGCAUACAUUUUCAGGCCCAAUGGAUCCCCUCCCACUGUGGUUUCAAGAGCAGUGCCAUUGAAGGUUGUGCGCGGAACUCUUGUUGAUGAAGUUCAUCAGCAAUUUGACUCAUGGAUCUAUCAGGUGAUCAGACUUUACAAAGAUAAAGAACAUGCUGAAGUUGAAUUCACAAUUGGUCCUAUACCCACGGACGAUAGUGUUGGAAAAGAGAUCAUUACGCGGAUGACAGCAAAUAUGGUCACAGACAAAGUGUUUUAUACUGAUUCCAAUGGGAGGGACUUUCUAAAACGGGUUCGAGAUUAUAGAGAGGACUGGCCUCUUCAAGUUCAUCAACCCGUUGCAGGGAACUAUUAUCCGCUCAAUCUCGGAAUUUACACGGUGGACAAAAAAUCUGAAUUCUCAGUCUUGGUUGAUCGUGCCGUUGGUGGAGCCAGCAUUGAAGAUGGAGAAGUAGAGCUAAUGCUUCAUAGGCGUACAAUCUUUGACGACUCCAGAGGAGUUGGUGAAGCCCUUGAUGAGACGGUGUGUGCUGAAAAUAGAUGUGAAGGCCUCACGCUAAAGGAGAAGAGGCAAAUCAUGAUAAUCUCAGUUUUACAGGAGCUGGAUGAUGGAAGUGUACUCCUUCGCUUGGCACAUCUAUAUGAGGCAGGGGAAGAUGCUGAAUACUCAACAUUAGCCAAAGUUGAAUUGAAGCAGGUGUUUUCUGGAAAAAUGAUAAAGGAGGUCAAGGAAGUGAGCUUGUCAACAAACCAAGACAAGUCACAGAUGAAGAAGAUGACUUGGAAAGUUGAGGGGGAUAAUGGAGGGGCACCCCGAGCUAUUAGAGGCGGCCCCGUCAAUAUUUCAGAUCUUGUUGUUGAGCUUGGUCCUAUGGAGAUUCGGACUUUCCUGUUGACAUUUUAACAGAUCUUCUGUCCCCGGUUAUACAUCAUCGUGAAUUCUUCAUACGAAGUCUUGACGAGGAAAGCCUAUUUUCCAUUUAUUUUGCCACCACUUUCCUGGAGAGACUUCUGCGCCCUAAUAAAGAUUUUGAGUGAUGGGUUUGUUUGGCUGAGUGUCACAACAUGAUGCACUGUUGUAAAAACGAGACACGAAAAUAAGUUGUAGCAUCAUCCAAAGAACAGGAAGAAAGAAUUAUAUUUUCUGAUUAAAACAAAGACUGUUGUAGCGAAGUUCACCUUCUAUGGCCUUUGAAUUGUUAGUGUGAGAUAGGCACUUCUUUGAAGUAUCAAGCUGUAACAACUGAUGUCCAAACUAUUUACUGUGUCUAUGAAAUUUGCUUUGGUCUC